GAUGUAAACAGCGUAGCGGUGUCACCCAACGACAAACUGCUGGCUUCCGGCUCACAGGACCGCACGGCCAAGCUGUGGUCGUUGGCGGGGGAGGGGAGAGUGGGCCUGCUGGGGGUGUUUAGGGGCCACCGUCGCGGUGUCUGGGCCGUCUGCUUCUCUCCCGUCGACCAGGUGUUGGCCACGUCCUCUGCGGACGGCACCACCAAACUGUGGAGCCUACAAGACUUCAGCUGCCUCAAGACAUUCGAGGGUCACGAUGCAUCCGUGUUGAAGGUCGUCUUUGUGAGCCGAGGCACUCAGCUGCUCUCCAGUGGCUCAGAUGGUUUAGUAAAGCUGUGGACCAUAAAGACCAAUGAGUGUGUGAAGACGCUGGACGCCCACCAGGACAAAGUGUGGGGUCUCCACGCUACCCGCAAAGAUGACAAGAUGGUGACCGGCUCAGCAGACUCUAACAUCACUGUGUGGGUGGAUGUGACUGAGGUUGAGCUGGCGGAGGAGCAGGCCAAGCAGGAGGAUCAGAUACUCAAGCAGCAGGAGUUGUCCAACCUGCUCCAUGAGAAGAAGUAUCUGAAGGCCCUGGGUCUUGCCAUCUCACUGGACCAGCCUCACACUGUGCUCAGUGUGAUCAAAGCGAUCCGUCAGGGGGAGGAUAGCCGUGAGCUGUUGGAAAAGAUGGUGCUGAAACUUCGCCAGGAUCAGAAAGAGUCGAUCCUGCGCUACUGUGUGGUGUGGAAUACCAACGCCAGAAACUGCCAUGAUGCCCAGGCCGUCCUACAGGUGCUUCUCACACACCUGCCACCCGAGGAGCUGCUGCAGUACCAGGGCGCCCGAACCCACCUCGAGGGACUCAUCCCAUACACAGAGAGACACAUGCAGAGGAUUGGCCAUCUGUUGCAGGCAUCCAUGUUCCUGAACUACAUGUGGCAGAACAUGAGAGUGGCGGGAGCCCCACCCAGCAUGGGCCAAGAUGAAGAGAUGGAUACCACUCCUCUUGCACAGCCCUUCUUUAUAAUUGACAAGGAGAAAGGGACAGACAGGGGUGAUGAGGACAAACGAGAUGAAGACGACAGCGAAGGAGGAGGAGAAGAAGAAGAAGAAGAGGACGACGACGACGACGAAGUCAGUGUCAGCAAAAAAGCCUCCACCUACAACGGACGAGUGGAAAACGGAAAGACCACCAAAACAAAUGGCAACCACCUCUCUGAUAGUGAGGAGAGUUCAGAAGAGGAAGACGUGGAAGAAGAUGCAACGGUAAAAGUGGUGAAACGCCUCCCAGUUUCUUCAACUCCACAAUGCCAGACUUCAACCAGCUGACGAGGAUCUCCAAGCUGAUUAUGUGUGACUCGCUCUUGGAGGGAAAGAAAACCCAGGAGGUUGUGUUGUCUUGGGCUGAUUAGCUGGAGUGAAGAGACACAGAGACAUGUGUGGAAUGAUGAUGAUGAUACAGAGAAUCGGCUUCUCUGAGCCUUCCUCUUUGCAGCAGCUGAGUCGGAAAGACUUUCUCCCUUGUGCCAAUAACUAAAUUUUACAUCAGUUCUUCCAUUCAGAGUUUUUGCAGAAUUUGAAGAAACGUAAACAGCCGGAUUUCCUUAGACAAAAUGGAUAAUAGGGAGGAAAAGAGGAGGAACGAGAGAUGCAGGCUUUGAGCCAGUUUUAACUUCCCCGCUGCAGGUGUCUGCACCUAUUGUCUAGUUCUGCAAUGUUGCGUAAUCUUGAUCUACCUGCUUGACUGCAACAACACAGGUUAAGCGAGGUUCUUUAUAUAACUGUGGAUUUUUUUUAAAUAUCAUGGAUGCAAAUGUUUAUAAAAUAAAAACGUUCUUUGCGAU